AGGGAGGGAAGUAGAACUAACAAGAAAGCCCGACCAAUUGAGAAGGUUCUAGCUCGCUUACGAAAUCAGCCCUGUGCACACGUGUCACCAUCUCCGGCCACCUUAAACUGACGAGAGAGAGAGAGAGAGAGAGAGAGAGAUUAUGAAGGUGCUAACGCUGAUAAAUGGUAGACCGAAAACCUUCACUCCGCCAUUAACGGACCAGCCUUCCUGCCUUCAUUCUUCAAUUCAAUCUUCUCGGCCAAUUCGCGAAUUCUCACUGCGGAGACCUCUGAAGGAAUAGUACAAUGGAGAGGGAAAGACAAGCCAGGGACACUUUCUUCAACAUUGAUCACCCGUCUAGAAGCUUCCCCGGGUUUGGAGAUUUCCCUAGCCUUGUUGGGGGCAGGGAUCUAUUUGAUGACCCAUUUUUUACCCGGCCAUUCGGCAGCUUUGGUGGAGGAGAUCCAUUUCACAAUCUCUUCCGGCCAGUCGGCAGCAUAUUUGACUCCAACGUGAGCAAUGGCUCCAUGGAUGAUGCUUCAAAUUCUGGUUCUAACAAAGGUGUUGUCAUUGAAGAACUGGACUCUGAUGAUGAGAGCGAACUCACUGCAAAAGCAGCUACAAUGGCUACAGAGGAGCACUAUGUAGGUGAUCAAAAGCACAAACUUGUGAGCGGGGAACCCUGGGUUGAGCACCCAGACAAUGGUGCCGAAGCAAAGAAAAGUAUGAUGCUGAACAGCAGAAGCGACCAUAGCAGGGCUCAAAGGACUCAGGAUCAGACUAAAAACUUCAGUGUACAGACUUCUAAAGUUACCUAUGGGGGUGUCAAUGGAGCUUACUAUACUUCAAGUAGGACUAGAAGCAGAGGCAGUGAUGGGGUGGUACUGGAGGAAAGCAAGGAAGCAGAUAGAAGUACUUGUCAAGCAACGCAUAGGAUUUCUAGGGGUAUAAAUGAUAAGGGUCACUCCGUCACAAGGAAGCUCAACUCUGAUGGUAAAGUGGACACAGUGCAGACACUGCAUAAUCUAAAUGAAGAUGAGUUGGCAAGUUUCGAGAGAUCAUGGACGAAUAGUGGGAGAGACCAUUUGCCUAAUCAGAAUAAUGUUCAUGACGCACGGCUAAGUGAAGGUGAUGCUCUGGGAAGUUGGAGACGUCCAUUUGUGGACCGUGGGAGGUUCAGGUCAGAUAAUUCCACAAAUAGCAGUAAAAAGGUGGUUAGGAUAAAUAUUGACUGAGCUACAUAUGCUCCAUUUACUUUUAAAUAGUAUGUAUAUACAUAUACACAGGUGCAGUUUGUCAGGGUGAAGAUUUCGUUUCUUGCUAGAGGUGAGCAUCUGAUGAUGAUAUGGUUGUACCACUGUAUGAAUAAAUUGUCAUAAGUUUUGAGAAUUUGUGUUCCGUGCGGUUAGAAAACGUGCGUGUUUUUCCUUGUAUAGGUUCUAUUAAGGAACAAUAGACAGUUUGAUGGACA